AGAUGGCGACCCAAGUUGUGAGGAAAAUGUGUCUAGCAAAACUUUUUCGAGGAGAUUGCAGAAGUAUUACAACGACGUCACGUUUAAGUGUUGCUGGUUACAAAAAACUUCUUGAGGAUCGAGACAUUGAGUUACUUAAAAAGAAAAUCGGCGAUUUAGAGGCAACACCGGCUCCAAAUCUUGAAAACAAGAAUGUGACUUUUGAAGCAUUGUUUCGAAGAUCAAAGUUCUGUCAGUUAGGGAACAUUUCAAAUUCAAUAGUAAUGGGAAAAGUGAUUGACGUUGUUUAUGACGAUUUGUAUAUUGAUUUUGGGGGUAAAUUUCAUUGUGUUUGCCCGCGGCCUAUGACAACAGUGGUGAUAAAAAACGAGGAGACGGGAAAAGAGGAAAUAGUUCAGCGCUUUGAUGAGAGCUACACAUUUGGAACAAGAGUGAAAUUACUCCUGAAGGAAUUUGAAAUGGCAGACAAAUUUCUAGGAUCAGCACGCUAUACCUCAUUACUUGAGGCAGAUGCAGUACUUCUUGGACAUGUGACACAAAAAGAAAUUCUGCAAGAAGAAUUGCAAGAAAAUAUAUUGUAUUGAUUUGAUUAAAAAUCUAAGUAUGCAUG